AUGGCGAGAGUUAAUUUGCAGAUGCCGCUCAUUGCAGCCGCCACCACCAUCCUGACCAUUGUCAGUGCGGCAACCUCAGCGGAGACGGCCAAGAACCCCCCUCCAUCGUAUCACAAUGUGGGGUCUUUGUUCGGUGGAAAUCGAUGGCUGCCUAUGGAUCAGGCACAUCAGCUUCAUCCGAAUCAUAGGUACGGUUCUGUGGGUGAGCGGCGUGCCUACAGCAGAAGCCAUUCCGCGCAAGGAUUAUCCUCGGUGCUCAAUGGCCUCACAAAUCUCUCGGGCCUGGGUCACAUUAGUAAUGGCUACGGCUCUGUGGCGCCCACCCACACGGAAGCCCUGGCCCUGGGAUCCACGAAGCAGGAGAUACCUAUUUACGAGGAGAACAAUGAAGAAGCUGCCGUAGCGGCCGUGGCAGCAGCUGGAGCCCAUGAUUUUGGAUCGGGAAGUGGGCAAGCUGGUGGUGGCCUGGAGGACAAUCAGCAGCACUCGCCGAUUUACAAUUAUCCCGGUGGAGGAGGAUUCCAGCCCUCUUACGGAGCAGCAACAUCAGCAUCUGGUGUUGAACAGGGUUACGGAUCCUGGUCUGCAUCGUCGGGCCCGGAGGAGCAGGCGGAGCAGCAGGCGCCGCAUCCGUAUGCGUACGAUAAAAUCUCGAUGGGAAAUUUCCUGCCGCCAUAUGACCAGGGUCCUGGAUACGGGGACCAGCAGGGGCAACUCUACCAUCAUCAGCAGCAGUCGCAGCUCCAGCAACAGCAGGAGCAGCUCUUUCACCAGCACCAACAGCAGCAGCAACAGCAGCUUCAGCAGGAGCAGGAGCACCACCCGUCUUCCUAUUUUAGCCAACACGACCCCUCACCAUCCGGUUCCGGCUCGGCAUCGGCCUCAUCCGCCUCGAGCGGAUCUGGUGGUGACGACUACGAAGAGCAUCCCGAUGCUGGCCAGGAGCAGAGCUCCAACUACUUGUCCGAGGCAAGUGGUCAUGGCCAGGCCCACACCCACCACUCGCACCACGUGGACAUCAUCAACUACGUGCCGGUGAAGCACGUGAAGAAGCAGCAUGUGCCUGUGGAAAAGGAGGUAAAGAUUCCCGUCUCGCAUGCAGUCAUCAUACCCGUUCGCAAGCCCGUUCCCAUCCACAUACCGAUCACCAAGAACGUCCAGGUGGCGGUCGAAAAGGAGCUGAAGGUGCCCGUGGAGCGGCUGGUGCCCGUGCCCGUGGAGAAGCACAUUCCGGUGCCGGUGGAGAAGCAUGUGCCGUAUCAUGUGGUCAAGUAUGUGCCCAUCAAGGUGCCCAAGCCGUUUCCCGUGAAGGUGCCCGUUUUCAAGACGGUGCUGCACAAGAUCAAGAGCUGGUGGUAG